AUGCUCCGCCCUUCACCCCGCCUGCCGGGUGUUCCGAUCCUCCUUCCAGAAGUUACAGGUUCUGAGUACACACGAUGGCGACGCAGCAUUCAAUUCACACUCGAAACAAAAGACACUUGGGGGCAUUGCGAUGGUACCUGGCCUAUGCCGAUGCCCAAAGCUGGACCCGACUUUAUCUCACCGAUCGUCCCGACUACGACUUUACAGCCAAGUCUCCUCCAAGAGAGAAGAGCAUGGGUACGACAGGAUCGUGAGGUGAAGCUUGACAUAUUUUUGUCUCUAGCGGAGGAAGUUAUUCAAGAGGUUUUUGAGGUUGGGCCACCGCUCCCACCUUCCAAUCUGAAUGCGAAGGAGAUACUGGAUGCCUUGGACGAGCGUUUCGCGGUGUUCAGGUUUGAGGACUAUCAUCAUGCCUUCUGCCAUUUCCUGAAUCUGCACAUCGACCAGUGCGCCACUCUCGAACAAUUCAACGCCGAAUUCCAAGCAGCUCUCCAAGACCUGAUGGACUAUGGACACCCAUUGUCGAACACACAAGCAUGCAGCGCAUACUUCUCAAAACUACGAUGCACACAAAACGCCUGGGUUGCAAAGAAACUAGAGUGGUGGGAUACACAGGCGUCGGAACCAGAACUUCUCGAUUUGAUGAAUGAGUCGCCAUCAUGGUCAAUCGUCCGAUCACUGGGGAACAAACCUACUACAACCACGAGAACGGCUUCAAUACCGGAAGAGUGCCCUGGGAGUCCAAUU